AUGCUGCCCAAAGUGUUGACCAAUGUGCUGACCAAGGUGCUGACCAAUGUGCUGACCAAUGCCACGACCAACGUGCUGACCAUAGUGCUGACCAAUGCCAUGACCAAAGUGCUGACCAACGUGCUGACCAACGUGCUGACCAAAACGCUGACCAAUGUGUUGACCAAUGUGUUGACCAAAGUGCUGACCAAUGCCAUGACCAACGUGCUGACCAACGUGCUGACCAAGGUGCUGACCAAAGCGCUGACCAAUGCCAUGACCAAUGUGCUGACCAAUCACCUGACGAAAGUGAUGACCAAGCACCUGACCAACACCAUGACCAAGGUGCUGACCAAAGUGGUGACUAAUGUGCUGACCAAAGUGGUGACUAAUGUGCUGACCUAG